AACUCUCUCGGUGGGAGGGAUUCUCUUGCUGCUGAAGUGUGUGCAGAGCGCAGAGGGUCAACUUUACAGGAGUGCGGACUCAGAGACAGGAGCGCAUCUCAGCCUCACACACCUGAUGAGCAUCUUCCACACUUUUAAACCCAGGGGACGCAACUUAACAGAAAUCAGUUCUUCUGGAUUUUAUUGACGCUAGACUGCCCUAAAUCUUCCAAAACCUCAACGAGGGACAGUGUUACAUUAUUAUUACCAGACUUUCAGACAUGGCUCUGUCUCUCCGAUGCAGGUGUUUACUUCUGCUGUAUUUGACAGCCAUCCAGUGCAGCCAUUCUGCCGUUCAGAACUGCAUGGACAAACACCAGGUGGUUGGAGUACUCCGUCAAAUGGAGAAGUUUCUAAAAGGCCAGGAGGUGCGAUUUACAGAGGGCCUUCGGAUCAUGAAGUCAAAGCUGGCGACACUUCAGAACUCUGUCUCCAAGUUACCUCAAGCAGACCAGUCAGCUGCUCCCACCACCUGCCCCUCCCUGGAAGUCCCUGCUCAUGGAACAAAGUUUGGCUCAAAGUAUUUUGUCGGACAUGAGGUCCAUUUCACUUGUGCCCAGGGCUACCAACUUGUUGGUUCUGCAACACGCGUUUGUCAGGACAAUGGCAGUUGGACUGGCAUCAGUGCUGUUUGUAAAGAAAUUAGUGUUUGUGCCAGUAACCCAUGCCAAAAUGGAGGAACAUGUGUGGAAGGUGUCAACCAAUACAAAUGCACGUGUCCGCAGAACUGGAGUGGCUCACAUUGUCAGCACCAGACUCAGACCGCGCCACCUGAGUGGAGCGUCAUGAACGAUCCAGCGUUCAGUCGGAAACCUCGAUGUGCCCAGGUGAACCGAGCCCAGCACUGCAGCUGUGACGCAGGGUUCCACAUGAGCGGCACCUCUGACAACAGUAUCUGCCAGGAUGUAAAUGAGUGUGAAGUUUACCGACUGGACCAAGGAGGGAAGUUGUGUAUCCACGAAUGUGUAAAUGUCCCAGGCUCGUACCACUGCUCUUGCCCGAGCGGCUACAAGUUGCUCCCAGAUGGGCGGAGCUGUGAGGAUGUGGAUGAAUGUUUAAGCCAGCAGCACAACUGUAGCAGAGGGACAACUUGUAUCAACACAGGGGGAGGUUUUCAGUGUGUCAACCCAGAGUGUCCUCGCUCUCAUGGCAACAUCAGUUAUGUCAAGACAUCUCCUUUCCAGUGUGAGAGAAACCCCUGCCCCAUGGACAGCCGCUCCUGCCACCUGGCUCCAAAGACUGUGUCCUUCCACUACCUGUCCCUGUCGUCCAACCUGCAGACUCCUGCCACGCUCUUCCGGAUGGCGACCGCCGCCGCCCCGGGUCGCACGGGGCCAGACAGUCUGCGCUUCGGGAUAGUGGGUGGAAACUCCCGAGGCAUGUUUGUCAUGCAGCGUUCAGACAGGCAGACUGGUGAACUCAUACUGGUCCAACAGCUACGUGGACCACAAGAGAUCACUAUUGAUGUGGACAUGUCUGAGUACACCGACCGUAUCUUUCAGGCCAAGCAUGUGGCCAGGGUGCAUGUUCUGGUUUCGCCUUACAACUUCUGAGAGCACUAUUGAAAAACAAGGAAGACUUGAGACAGAAAGAUGAAGAAGGAUGAGGAAGAGUACAUAAUGGACACUGUUUUUAUUUCAUUGUACCUUCAAUCCCUAGCAGAAAUUAAUUUGUUUGAGUAGCAAGUAGCUGGCCAGAGUUUGUGCACUGGUCAAAUAUACGUCAGAGAAUAAUAAAAAUGACCAAAGGAAUGAGACACCAACAAGACAAUUUAUAACAGGUAUCCUAGUCUGUUGUGAAUAUAACAAGAUCGGCCUAUUAGUCCUGAGAAAGGCUUUUCUACAUUGUGUGAGAACCAGCUGAUUGAUGUUAGAGUGAGUGAAUUUGAAGGCACAUAAAAGUUAAGAUUUAAUAACUUGAAUUUUAAGGUUAUUAGGAUUCAAUAACUUUUAUGGCAAUAAUAGAUCCUGACUCAUAGCUUAGAGUCAGCUUAUGCACUUCCCCUACUUUGUUGAUGACAAAUCCUUCAAGACGUUAGUGCUCCCAUGGCUCUAAUUUAUUGCAAAUAUUGUUGCUAUUUUUUAUAUUGUACCAUACUGUAUGCCACGUUUAUCCUUCCUCAUAUACUGUAUAUUUGCUUUUUUUGUGUGCUGGCUUACUGUUCAUUGUACUAAGGGAGUUGUUUUUAAAAUAUAGAUACAAUACUGUACCUUGACAUAUUUCUUCUAUUAGUCAUAUUCUGUAUGUUACCCAGAAACAUUCUUGUUAUUUUCUAAAUCAGAACUGAUUUGGCAAGCUUGCCAAUGCACUACUCCAUUUAUCUGGAAUUUUAAUUGUCGCUACAUAACUGAAAUAAAGUCAGUCCAAAACUUCAGUAUUUGUUAGAACUACCUGACUUGAUGUUGAACAGUGUGCUAUUAAAUGUCAUUGUGGCGGCG